GGCGAAGGCAAGCGGGGGCACUUCUUGGGCGGAGGGAAUCCCCCUCCCGCGUGCAGCGGAGGCGGCCUCGGUCCUCUUUUCCAUCGUAGGCAUUCGAAGUAGGGCAUGAGCCCCUUCGCCGGGCGCGUUUGGCGAUGGAUUCCUACACCGCCAAAUACCUGGGCUGCUUUUUCUGGGCGCUGGUCGUCUGUCUGCCGCUGGCCCAAGGAGCUGAUUGCCAACCCGGUUGUCAUCCAGUGAAUGGAUUUUGUGAAGUUUCUAGUGAAUGCAGAUGUCGACCUGGUUGGCAAGGCCCUCUCUGUGAUCGGUGUGUUCCUUUCCCUGGCUGUUUGCAUGGGACAUGUGUGAAGCCAGGCCAGUGCAUGUGUGAAGAAGGAUGGAUUGGUAGCCGCUGUGACACAGUUGUUCAUCCUUGUUCUUCCAAGCCUUGUUCAAAUUACUCAAAGAAUUGCGUUGAGACUGGAAAUGGUGGAUACACUUGCUUGUGCGCUCAAGGCUAUAUGGGAAAAAACUGUCACAUGAAAAGGGGACCCUGUAUUGUUAAUGGCUCACCUUGUCAAAAUGGAGGAAGUUGUUUGGACGAUGAUGGGUUUGCACCUUACGCGUCUUGUGUGUGCUCUCCAGGAUUUACUGGACAGUUUUGUGAGCUUGACAUGGAUGACUGUGAACCAAACCCAUGUGAAAAUGGAGGCACGUGCACAGAUAUUGGCAAGAGCUUCCACUGCUCUUGUCCGAUUGGCUAUGGAGGUGUGCUGUGCCGUAACCGCAUCCCAGCUUGCGAUAGUAGCCCUUGUGAAAAUGGUGGGACAUGUCAUGGACACCGUGGCAGAGGCUUCAUGUGUAUUUGCAAACCAUACUUUGCUGGGCCCACCUGUAGUUUUUCCACUAGAAACACAAGCGUGAAUGCGGUGAUUAAACAAAGACAGAAUCAGAAUCGCCACCUGCAUUUGAGAGGGCACCUUAAAUCAGCUCAGCUGCAAGAGAAGGAAAUACUGACCAUAAAAGAGACAAUUGAAAACAGGCAGUCCUUGCUCACUAAGAGUCAGGUGAUCUGCUUCAUGGUCCUAAGCUUUCUUACAUGUCUUGUUGUUUUGGGUACAACUGGGAUUAUAUUUUUUUCUAAAUUCGAAGUAUGGCUAUCCAAUGCCAGAUACAGCCAUUUACUGCACAAGGAGAGGGAUUGCUUUCUAAAAGCAAAUGAUGAUGAAAAUGUUUCUGUGAAUAUAAUAUUUCCUGAGAAGAUUAAUCAGGGUAAUGAAUAGUCUGUGUAUCUCAAUCCUUUUAUUUAGCAAGGACACCUCAAGCUCCAUAUGUGUCAGAGAGAUAGGUCCAUUUUUAUUUUUACCUGUGACAAAAAUUUGGGCUUUGGACCAGUUGACAAAGAAGAAAGAUGCUCUGCUUUUGCCAGAGAAAUACUCAUUUCCCAAACAUGUUUUCUAGUUAAAUUGUUUUGUGAACCAGGGCUGCAUAAACUUUUGGGGACUGAAAGCUAUAUUUAGCCCUUGAGUGGAAAGCUAGGAAUGCAAAACAGAAGAGCCUGGCCUACUUUGAAAAAAAUAAUGUAAGUUUUAGUUUAUUUAGUUAAUUAAUUAUAAUUAGUCCUCAUGCAUUUAAUAUCUUUUCCAUUCUCUAACAUUUUAAAUUCAGCAGCAACUUUUUUUAGGGGCUCUGAAGAUCACACCAGGGCUCUGAAGAAAGGAAUAUUAUGUGCCAAUGCUUACAAACCUAUUACACUUAAUUUAGGUUAUAAUCCUAUAUUAUAUACUGAAAGUAAGUUCCAAUAUACUUUGUGGGGUUUGCUUCUGAACAGACACAUGCACCAUUGAAUUAUUGUUAUUGUAAAUAAAAAGUCAAUACAAUAUUCUUAAUUAAGAUAGCUAUUGCCAUAUUAUGUGCUAUGUUUGGCAACUGUGAUAUUUCUGAAUGAAUUUCUAAUGCUUAUUUUGAAUAAAUAGUUAU